UGUUGUAUCAGGAAGCAGAUUUCAAGUUAGCUCGUUGGCUAUAUCUAUUUCAUCUUGUUACUUAAAUGCUAUAACAAGUUAUUCAGGUUCUCAUGUUUAAUCGCUGGUGAUAGCAAGUAUGUGAUUGCAUUCGUAACGCGUAUGUGAACCUGGGGCUGGCAACCUGCUGGUGGUGUAUCUGAUAUGAUGCUUUAAUGAGCUAACCAACAGCAGCAAGUAACAAGGUGCAGCAUGAAACCCAUGAUAAUGAGGCAGUGUGUUCUUCAUGGACCCAGUGGAUCAUGUCUCUGAUCCUGUUCGCCUUUGUGGUUCGGGUCAGGGAUGGACUCCCCCUGUCAGCCUCCACUGACUUCGAACACAACCGAGAGCUCCAGGAGAGGAAGCAGCAGCUCAGAACCAUCAGCAAGGCGCUGGCCCGCUUCCCCGACAGAGGGACCGUCAAGGGCCAGGAGCUCAACAUAUACUUCAUCUCUUCGGAGGGUGUAUCCUACAUGACUGUGUGCCACUGCAGCCUCCCUGUUGCUAAGGCCUUCUGCUUCCUGGAAGAUCUGCGCUGGGAGUUCACAGCAUGCUUCAAUAGCACUGUUGUUGCCUUGGCAGCCAGGCCAUAUCCAUUUUUGGAAUUUGACAGCACCAUUCAGAAGCUGAAGCAGCAGUACAACCAGAGUGGUGGUCCAGCCUUAGAGGUGACAUUGGCAGAGGUCCAGGAGGAUCUGAGGAUCUAUCCACUACAAGAAAUUAACUUGGAUGAGGUGGAGCUCACCAAUGGCAUCGCAAAUGGGCACAUGGAACAAGGUCCUGGAUCUGGUCAGAAUGUAAGACUUGAACCAGUGACAGCACCAGGCAUCCUCUCUCUGGUCCUAAAUAUCAUGUGUGCGUCUUUGAAUGUAAUUCGUGGUGUGCACCUCAUAGAGUACACAUUCCAGGAUGACUAUGAAGGAAUAUGGAAUGUUGUGGCAUUUCUUCUGGCGUUUGUCUGCUGUGUGUUUCAGUGCCACCUCUACCUGUUCCACUCAUCUCUAAAGAAACUGAAGUCCUUCACUCUGUUGAGCCUGAUCGUCCUAUGCAACUUGUACCUGCUCGGCAUGAGGAACGCGUGGCAGCUGAUCUUCCACAUUUCAGUUGCCUCGCUCUCCACCGUCCUCAUCCUCACCCGCAAACUCCAAGACAGAACCAAUGACUGUGGGGUCUGAAGAGCACUGGACACUUAAUUGGGCUGCACCUGUCUCCAGUUUUCUGUGCAGGAAUGAGAAUAACAGGGAAGUAAAUACAUCGAUCCACGUGAGUCAUGGAGAUGCACUGUGGAUUUUUAACAAAAACAUAUUCAUGAAUUUUGUGUCAUCAUAGAAAAACACUUGCACUUUGUAUACAUUGUUUCCAAGACUAUACAAAGUGUGCAGUGAAAUGCAGUUCUUUCUGGAUCCUUAAAAAUAAUAUCUUAAAAAAAAAACUGACACUGCAAACAGAUGGGAGGACUGAUGAACAAAAAUGUUGAUCAGUCUCUGUCAAACCAGUCCUGUCCAAAAAGUUUUUACAGAAGAUGAAGGAUUUUUUUUUAGUCAGUGUUUGACCAAAGUUUUUCACGUAGAAACAAUAAUGUUAUUGAAACUGGUUAUGCUUGGUAUUAUGGAAUUAAGAUGCAUUUCUGCACGCUUUCAGCUCAGUAUUAUUUCUGCAGAGGCCAUUGAUUAUCUUUGCAUAAUCAGUUUACACCACUAGGUGAUUGUUCAGGACAUUAAAUUUAAUUAUAUUUUUAAAAUAGGCACACGUGGCUGAUUAGGAGAUAAUUAGGCAGUCCAUCUUGCAUUGGUGGCAGUGUGAUACUUAAACUAUUUAGUGUAGUUUGAUUAAAGAUCAGUGAAGUGAAGUGAAGUGGGCAUUGCAGGUGUUUUUUAAAAAACUAAUUCAAAGGUGUAAAUGUUAAGCUGUGGGUUGUUUCAUGCCUUAUUGUGUGACGAUGCAAAUAUAGUUGUUUGUUUUUGUUUAUGUAAUUGAAUCAUCUUAUAUACAGAAUCACCGGCAAGUGCUCAGCAAGUUUAAAUGCAAGGGCUCCGUUAAUGACUACACAGAAAUUACAUUCUACAUCACAUUACUGAGGCAUAUUAUCAUUUAAACACAGACCAUUUCCAUAACAGUUUUUAAUUAAAAGAGAAUUGUGUCACAUAAGCUCCAAUUUAAACCAUUUUUUUUGUAUGAUCAAAGUAAAUUUUCAUAUUUUAGUUCUACUUUGUUCUACUGAUCUCUGUAUUGUUAAAAUGUAGACUGCGGGUAAGAAUAUGAAAGCACUGAUUUGAUGGGUAAAAUGAUACUGAAAAUUGUUGGAAAAAAAAUUUGACUGCACUAUUAGAUUUUUUUUUUGGCAUUUGUUGAAUGUGUUGCUUAUGGGGUUUAGCGAAAAUGUUAUUUAUAUCCUCAUUUCUGUUUACUAGGUUGUUUUUUUUCUGUUUUUAUGCGGUUUAUAACACGGCUCCCUGUGUGUAGUUCUCAGAUUGCGAUACACAUAGAAAUUUUAUUGUUGUAAUUUAUGUUUGAAUAUAGAACACAUCUCUGUAGUGCUGCUAAAUAAAAUAGGCUAAGUAUAGGUCUUCUUUAGAUUAAUUUUUUUUUUUUACAUUUUGUGUAUUUAGCUUCUAAGAUGUUCAUUUUUUAAUAGCUAUAAAGUUGCACUCAGUGUCCGUUAAGCGAGGGAAAUAAAUUAUUAGUUUAUAGUGUUUGUCAAACAAGUAGCAUUGUGGCCGCAGUAGAACUGUAAAAUCAGUCCGGUUCCUUAUUUUAUCAAGAAAGUUUGAGGGAAUUUUUAAGGAAAACAAAAAGUUUAUAUCCGACAAUCCAAAUGUCCUUUACAAUAGUACAAAUACUUUAGUAAAGCCACUCUCAGCUUGUAGUAUAUAAAGAGUGAGAGGACUCAGAUGUUUUUAGUGGAGGAUGUAGUAUAGCUGCAGAUGAUACACAGGUGAGCCUGUUGUUAGUCAUUUUUUUUCAUUUUUUUCUUAAUUUAGUUGUUCGAUCCAAGAACUAUGGCACAAUGCUGAGAAUUAGACUGGUUCAGUGAACAGCCUUUUGAUGCUGUGUUCCACCAUAUAACAGAGGAUUAAACUCUUAUUUAAGUUUUCCUUGACAGGGCAUAAAUACAUUAAAGACUGAAGACAUUGUAAUACUCAAAACAAAAUGAAAAUGAAGGAUAAUUAUUUUUAAUAUGAAGGUUUUUAAAUAUACAAUAGAAAUGCACUAUACAAUUGAAACGUGGCAGCCAUUUGUGGUUUUUUUUUUUUGGCAUCAAAAGUCUCAAGUCUAAACUGAAAACAGUUUGCAAAUUUGAAAAUCAUUAAGGUUCAGAAGGGCAACCUGAAGUGUCGUGUCAGUUUUUCUUUUUCAACACAAAAUGCUCUAAAGAUAUUUGUAUCUACUUAGACUCACAUAAGAUUAAUUGUUUUUGUUGCUGCAGCCUGUUUAUAAUGAUGGGAAGUAAUGGAAUAUUGUCAUUCACUGUAACUGCCAAAUAUACUGGUGAUUACAGGGCUUUAUUUUUUUCCUGCUGUGAUAAAUCUGACAUUUCAGUAAUAAAUGGUCUUUUUUUUC